CCCGGACAUGCAGACCCUGCGCAAGGACGCGCUGGCGUCGUACCGCUCGCAGCUCACCGACGUCGUCCUGACGGAGAUGCGCCAGCUGACCACGGUGGAGGUUGGCGCGUUCAACGACAUGCCCCUGCUGCGUACCAUCUACAUCUCCGAGGCGCCGGCCCUGACGCAGCUGCCAGAAUGCCUGUUCUGCGACACGCCCGCCGGAUUCCGUUCGCUGCGCGUGGUGCGGACGGGUUUGGAGUCGGUGCCCGACCUCACCGGGCUGAGCCGCGCCGCCGUCGUACACAUGGUAGACCUGGAGAGCAACAAGAUUGGUGACCUGCAGCCAAAUUCUGUUUCCGUGGAGACAGCGCAAUUGAUCCUCAAUUAUAACUCCAUAGAAGCCGUGCACGGAUGGGCUUUCAAUGGCUCCAAGAUCGCUGCUUUGAGCCUCAAAGGCAACUGGCAGCUGUCUUACCUGCACGAGCACGCCUUCAGCGGCAUCCACAGCCUCGCCGACUUGGACCUGUCGCAGACGGCCAUCACGCAGCUGCCCACCAGCGGCCUGGGGGAGCUCCAUCGGCUGCGGCUGGAAGAGGCGCCCCACCUCACCACCAUACCCUCCGUCUACAGCUUCAGGCACCUUCGGGAGGCAUCGCUGACGUACAGCUUCCAUUGUUGCGCCUUCAAGUUUCCAGCCAGGCACGACCCUGAGAAGCACAAGGCUUACAUGGCGAUGAUGCGCAACUACUGCGGCGCCGACUUCGACGACACGGGCCAGGUUGGGGCGUCUGCGGCGACCACCGAGGGGGAGCUGAGGUGGCGCCGCGACACGGACCACGGCGGGGACUUCGGCGAGUGGGGCGGCAGCUUCCAGGGGGGCGACUCGGCCGGCAGCGACGAGCGGCUGACGGAGGAGGGCGGCGGCUGGUGGGGCGACCUGGGGGCGGCGCAGGAGGCGGGCUGGGGCGACCUGGCCGACGAGGACGCCUACUCGUGGCAGAGCGAGCAGCCGCAGCCCGGCUUCCAGCAGCUGGAGCCGCUGCGGCCCCGCCAGCACGAGGACCACGGCGACUUCUCGCAGACCACGGCGCGCAUCCCCGACACGCGCAUACACGCCCUCUGCGGAAACCUCUCGCGCAGGGUGGCGGUGCGGUGCACGCCCGAGCCGGACGCGCUCAACCCGUGCGAGGACAUCAUGGGCCUGCCGUGGCUGCGCGGCUGCGUCUGGGUCGUGGUGACGGCCGCGCUGCUGGGCAACGCCGCCGUGCUGCUCGUGCUGCUCUGCUCCGCCUCGGACCUCACCGUGCCCAAGUUCCUCAUGUGCCACCUGGCCACCGCAGACUUCUGCAUGGGCCUCUACCUGCUCGCCCUCGCCGCUAUGGACCUCAAGUCCAUGGGCUUCUACUUCAACUACGCCUACUCCUGGCAGAUCGGCGCGGGCUGCCAGGUGGCGGGCUUCCUGACGGUGUUCGCCAGCCAGCUGUCGGUGUACACGCUGUCCGUGGUGACGCUGGAGCGCUGGUUCGCCAUCACUUACGCCAUCUACCUCAACAAGCGGCUGUCGCUGCGCGCCGCGGCACAAGUCAUGGCUGGGGGCUGGCUGUACGCGCUCGGCGUCGCCACGCUGCCGCUCGUCGGCGUCAGCAACUACUCCAGCACCAGCAUCUGCCUGCCGAUGGAGGCGCGGCGCGCGGGCGACGUGGCGUACCUGGUGGUGCUGCUGGCGGGCAACGGGCUGGCCUUCCUCAUGGUGGCCGUCUGCUACGCGCAGAUCUACGCCUCGCUGGGCCGCGACACGCGACACGCCGCGCCGCGCUCCGGCGAGCUCACCGUCGCCAACAAGAUGGCGCUGCUCGUCUUCACCGACUUCGCCUGCUGGGCGCCCAUCGCCUUCUUCGGCCUCACGGCCGUCGCCGGCUACCCGCUCAUCGACGUGACGCGCUCCAAGAUCCUGCUCGUCUUCUUCUACCCGCUCAACUCGUGCGCCAACCCCUACCUGUACGCCAUCCUCACGGCGCAGUACCGCCGGGACCUCGUCAUACUGCUCGCCAGGUACGGACUGUGCACUCGGAUGGCGCAGAAGUACAAGAUGGGCUACUCGGUGCCGACGUCCAACAACUCGAACCCAGUGCCGCUGCUGCCCACCAAUGAAGACUCCUUUGGAUCCCAAGUACUUGAUGACACACGGGAGAUGGAAAGUUUUUAA